CUUGAGACUGCUGCCUGUAAGAUUGGUGAGAAUGCUGACGCCCAGUACCUGAAAGAGUACUACGGCUCUUAAUAUUAGGCGUCCAUGUCAGCGUCAGAAUGAUUCAUUCAGCUUGUACUGCAAUUGUUUAAAGGUCGCUCAGGGCACCAAGAGAUUAUCAUUCAUAUUCAUCCUUUUACUUCAACACUACAUCCUCAACACCAUGGCUCCUCACGCAGACAACGACGUUGCCGCAAUUGACGAGAAGUCGACCAACGGAGACAAGAGUCAAGUUGUGAACAAACCCCAAAGCAAAGCAAAGGGCAAGGGUAAAGGCAAGGGCGAUGCACAAACCAAGGAACGAAUCCAACGGCUUGACCAGCUCUACAGCAAGAAGAAGCGACAGACUUACUUUGUUCCGACUCCUACAUCGCGUGUCGAACAGGAGAAGCCUGGUCAAAUAUCACAUGUAGUCCUCAAAGUACGACGGAUCAUCUGCGAUAAAGGCUUUCCCACGGGCACCGAGAUUGAUGUCAAAUCUACGCUGCUCAAAGAUGCUUUGUCGGAGAUCUUCGAGGGUGUAGAAGGACUGACUCUGAAUGAGUCUCCGCCUGUGGUCAGCCCAGAGCUGCUGUUCCACGCUCGUCAAGGGCUCAGCGACCGCAUCAAAGCCGAAGAAACAAAAGCAUCUCCAAACAAAGCUCUGAUAGACGAACUGGGUGUCGCCGUCCAAUUUGUCGCAGAGCACUUCUCAACUACCCUAGAGACUCUGGAUUGCAUGGCUUUGCAAAAUGAAAUCACAUUCAGCCUCCUCUGGACGCUGUUCCCAGCGAAGACGACAGUCUACACCAAAAGCAAUCUCUUGCGAGCACACCAGGUCUUGAAACUGCACAAAGGGGACUACGGGUGUAGCAAUGGGGUGCGCUUUUUCGACCUCGAACUGCGGUUGAUCUCUCACGAUGGAGAGAAGAUGGGAUGGGCGGAGACGAGCAUGCGCAUCUGGCAGUUUGAGGGCGCGAAAAAGGUGUACAACCUCAACUGCUUCCCGCUCGCCCACCACCCGGAGCAGGAGAGCAUUCGAAGCGAGCUGAAUAUGCGUGGUAAGCGCUAUGUGGAGUUGUUGAAUGCUCCCCAUGGUACAUAUCAAGAGUAUGUUGGCGCUGCAGUGACCGAGAACCGCGGCCUUGUAGUGGACAACGAGUACAAGAAGGUGAUCAUACACGUAUCCGGCCGCAUCAUGCUUGAUUCCGCAUCCCUCGUGCAGCUAAACGAGUACACGGACCUACUCCGACCAACCGUCGAAACCGAACUCAGCGCACUCAGCCUCAGCGAUGCAGAUUACACAUACUGCAACCACUUCGUCGGCGGCUUCGCCUUCCGCCACAAGAAAUGGUGUCUUUUCGCCAUCAGCCACCUCAACCCCGUAGUAUGGAACUCCAACGCCUUCUCCAAGCUAGUCAUGGACCCGCGGAAACGCAACCUCAUCCACUCGCUCGUUAAAUCGCACCGCAACGGCGCCGAGACGUUCGACGACAUGGUGAGCGGCAAGGGCAAAGGCCUCGUCGGCCUCUUGAGCGGCAACCCGGGCGUCGGCAAAACACUCACGGCGGAAGUCAUCUCCGAGGUCUCCAGGCGCCCGCUGUACAUGCUGAGUGCGGGCGAAUUAGGCACGCACGUCGUGGACGUGGAGAAGAAGCUGGACAUGGUGUUGGAGGUCACACGGCAGUGGGGGUGCGUGCUGCUUAUUGACGAGGCAGACGUUUUCCUACAAGAGCGUGACGGCCUGGAUCUCGAGCGCAACGCACUCGUCAGCGUGUUUCUGCGCCGCCUCGAGUAUUUCCAGGGCGUGUUGAUUAUGACGACGAAUCGCAAGCGCACGAUUGAUGCGGCGUUUGAUAGCCGUAUACACUUCAAGCUUCACUAUGGCGACUUGGAUGUGGCGUCGCGCUCGGCGAUCUGGAAGAACUGCAUUGGCAGUGUUCCGGCGGCUGUUUCGACGGCGGGGAUCAGUGAGAAGGAUUAUGAGCAGCUGGCGGCGUUGAAACUCAAUGGGCGGCAGAUUAAGAAUGCCGUGGCCUGCGCGGUGUCGAUUGCUAUGGAGGAGAAGGCUGCGCUGUCGGUGGAGGGGAUCCGGGUCAUUCUCGACAUGGAUGGUGGUGAUGAGAGUGAGGAUUGAGCGAGGAGUGGCAUCUAUGUACUUGGCUGAAUUGAUUCAUGUUUCUUCUUCAAUUUUGUUGCCAUGGCUAUGUCGAGAUAGAACACGUCGUGAGACUUGAAAUGUAGCUUACAGUGUCAUAAAAA